UCAGUUAGAAGCAGACAGUCAGUCACUCAGUAGCAACAGUCAGUCAGUAGUGUGUGGUGCGGUGUUUUGCGGGAGCAGCAGACUCCCCGCAGAGAUCCCCAGGGUUAUUACACACACACACACAGACGGCUGUUUAGAUGGCUGACAGAAAGGAGUAAGUUGGUGAGCGGUGCUGCAAACAGUCUGUGAUCAACCAGCAAGUGUGUCGGGGUCACUAAUUCCGACACAAUGCAGCAGGAAUUUGAAGACAUCGACUCGUCCGGCAGAUGGCAAAACCUUUACAACGAAAUCCGUAACCAAGCCGGUGAAUAUCCUUACAGAGUGGCAAAACUUCCAGUGAAUCGGAAUUUGAACCGCUACAGAGAUGUCAGCCCGUAUGAUCACAGUCGGGUCAAACUUGAAAACUCUGAAAAUGACUACAUCAAUGCAAGUUUAGUCAUGGUGGAGGAAGCCCAAAGGGCUUACAUUCUUUCUCAGGGGCCUUUAAGGAAUACCUGUGGUCAUUUCUGGCUGAUGAUUUGGGAGCAGUGUUCUAAAGCUGUUAUCAUGCUCAACAGAGUCAUUGAAAAGGGAUCUGAAAAGUGUGCGCAGUACUGGCCGACCACAGAGGAGCUACAGAUGUCUUUCACGGACACAGGGUUUGUUGUCAGGCUACUGUCAGAGGAGGACCAAUCCUAUUACACAAUCCGAGUGCUAGAACUGCAGAACACAAAGACGGGAGAGUCGAGGGAGAUCUACCACUUUCACUACACCACGUGGCCUGACUUCGGCGUUCCCGAAUCUCCCGCCUCCUUCCUCAACUUCCUGGUCAAGGUUCGGGAAUCGGGCUCGCUGGGCUCGGAGCACGGGCCCUCGGUGGUGCAUUGCAGCGCUGGGAUCGGACGCUCAGGGACCUUAGCCUUGGUGGACACGUGCCUGGUCCUGAUGGACAGGAGGAAGAACCCAUCGUCGGUGGACAUACAGAAGGUGCUACUGGACAUGAGGGAAUACCGCAUGGGCCUGAUCCAGACCCCAGACCAGCUCCGCUUCUCCUACAUGGCUGUCAUCGAGGGAGCCAACCUCAUCCUGACAGACAACUCAGCAGCAGCAGCACAGGUUAGUCAGAACAAGCAGGAAGCGAUGACCCAAGAUGACUCGGAGCCAGAUCUGCCCCCACCGCCGCCUCCACCCAGACCUCACCUCAAUGACAGCAGGCCCAACGGCCAGCCGGGACCAUGCCUGGAGCUGCCAACUGCCUCAGAAGACGACCUGCCUGCAGAGGAACCAGCCAGCCAAGACCACAACGAGGCAGACAACACUGGGCAUGUCCGAAAGCGACACCGUGAGGAGAGGAUCGCCAGCACCUCGCAGAAGGUCAUGCAGAUGAAACAGAGACUGACCGACUCGGAGAGGAAAAAAGAGAAGUGGCUGUACUGGAGACCCAUUCUGCUUAACGUGGGUGCCGGGGCGGCUCUGGCUGUGGGUCUGCUGGUGUGCUGGAUGUACUCCCAGUGAAACACUCAGUCACUGAAAACUGACUCUUAUUUUGCACCAGUACCUGAGAUUAGGUACUUCUCUAAGUAGAUUUAGAUGGUAAUAUGUGCAUAACUGAGGGUAUUUAUUUCUUAAGGUCAAAUUGCGGGAGCGCUAGAUCAAAAUGAGUGUGUGUAUAUUUUUCAUGUAAGAUCUUAACAAAAAUAGUAACAUCUCAGGAUCUUGGUGCCAGCACGAUGAUUUGAUUUCCUUUCCUUCUUGUCACUGUUGAUGAAUGUACUGUAUCAUAGCAAUUCGCUUUGAAAAAAACUUACUUAAGGUGCAGUACAAAGAAAAAAAAAAUAUUCUGACAGUUUAUUUUUGCAUUUUUUAUUUGUAAUGGCCAGAUGUGUGUUGAUCAUCUGUGGACACGUUUUACAGUUUGAGUUUCAGAAUGACUUGUGUUGAUUGACUGUCCAGCCUACCAUAGAUAUGUAAGAAGUUGAGACCCUAGAGGUCAAGUAUGGGAGUUUGUUUUGUUUUUUUCUGUUUAUGAAAUUUGCAUUUCAUGCAUGCAUUUAAAGGUUUUCCAAAGCACCACUUGUUCUUCCAUUUACAUCGAGCAGGGCAUCCCAAAUUGGACAUACACAUAUGCGGGUGACAGAUUAAAGGUGGUGUUUGUGUUGGUGUUUUGAUGAUGGUGGAGGAGAGCACUGUCUAACAUGUCGGUUCAAAAUCUCCCAUAGGUGUUCAGAUUGGUUGAGAUGUGGUGACUGAAGGCCAUAACAUAUGAUUCACAUCAAACCACUCAGUGACCCCUCAUGCCCUAUGGAUGGGUGCGUUGUGAUCCUAGAAGAGACCACUCCUCCCAGCAGGAUAGAAAUGUUUGAUCAUAGGAUAAAGGUGAUCACACACAACUACUUUGUAUUGAUUUGCAGUAACCCUUUCCUCCAAGGGGGCAAGUGGACCCAAACCAUGCCAGCAAAAUGCCCCCCCCAAAGUAUAACAGAGCCAGAUCUCCUUGCUGUAGUGGGGCACGCAUUCAGACCUGUACCAGUUUUUCCUUUCAUUUGUCACCUGUGUGUAUGUAUGCAUAUAUGCCCAUUUUGGGAAGGUUCAUGUGGAGCUGCCUUGCUGAUGUUUUCAAACUCUGCUUGAAUGUCAACCUUUUUGUUUUAUUUUAUUUCCCAUCAUAUAAGCACGUAUUUUCGUAGGCUUCAGUUGUCACACUGAUAAGUAGAAAGUUGUCAGGUCCCUCACCGCUUACUUAGUGUGUGUAUUUACCCACUGGAUGGGUUCCUGUUUGUGUAUUUUCAAGUUGAUCCCACUGUUUGUUCUCGAGGAAACCAAAGCAAAGCUGUCCAUUUUUUUAAGGAAGGGAUACAUACAGCCAGGCAAGCUGUUCACUGAUGAAACCUUGUAAUCCCUUUAUGUGGAAUGUAUUUUCUGUUCGAUCUCUGACAUAACUGACACCGGCAUUACAAAACAAUACGAUUCGUAGCACCUUUUGCAUCGACUUCUUAAUUUGAAUCCACAUUAUUAUCACCGCAUUGGUUUUCAAUUGACUGGGACCAAUCUAAAGCUGUAAUAGUGCAAUUUAGAAGAUGGAGCACCUUGGAUUGAAAUUCUUAGAAGAGAAUGAUAGCAAACAUAAAGUGUGUACAUGUUUGUUUGCUGGUUGAGACAGAUUUUAAUGUGCCUUGAGGUGAGUUACAUGGAAAAAGAGUGCGCUCCAAGGUUUCCUAGCAUGAUCAGUACAGACUUAAUGUAAGCUGUCCCCAUGUAACAUUAAUAACAUGUUUCCACUGUAUCGACCAGAGGCGCGAGAGGAUAAAUUGUACCAGACUCGACCGCACACCAAAUGUGUCAUGAGCAUUUACCGUCUCCCGAGAUGGGAAAAAAAAAGAUGUUGUUGAUUGGCUCAUUUACCACUGUCAGACACGGCUUUUUACUCCGUUGUCAUUUAACCCAGGAAAGAUGUGUUAGACCAUAACAUUCCAUGCAUUCCUGUUUUCCACAUAAGAUUUCAGGGGAGUUUUGUACACUGCUUAACCGCAGGUGAGAAUAUAACAGAUGGUGUUUUGAAAAAAAGCAAACAAAACGUGAAAUACUUCUUAAAUAAAACAUUCACUUUUUUUUUUUUUUCAAA